CAGUUAGACCAGCUCCACGACAUCUGUGUUGGUAUCCAAAUCCCCUUUGUUAUUUUAGGCGAUUUUAAUACGACUCUCCAUGAGAGUGAGAAGGAUGGGGGGAAUCAAUGGAAUGCUGCACAAGCUCUAAGUCUCCGUAACCUUAUCCAGAAUUUGGGCCUUCUGGACCCUGGGUUCCAGGGGGACCAAUUCACUUGGACCAAUAAACGGAUGGGGGCGGCCUGUGUUAGAGAGAGGCUGGAUCGAGGACUCUGUUCACAAUCAUGGCGUGACCGUUUCCCUGAUACUUUGGUCAAGCAUUUUACGGAUCAGGGAUCGGACCACCGGGCGCUCCUCCUCUCUGAUAAACCCUAUAUUCGGAAUAGUCGCCCUCUAUUCCGUUUUGAUGCUCGAUGGGCGGAUAACCCGGAGGUGAAGGCCAUGGUUUCUUAUAUUUGGCAGGAAGAUAUCCAGGGCACCCCGAUGUUUCGCCUUUGGGAGCGCCUAAAGAAGUUGCGUCAUUUAUUGUAUGAUUGGAGUCGAGCAGGAACCACUAAUUUCCUGCGGAAUAUCAGAACUCUCCAAAGUGAGAUUGAGCGGCUUAAGUUGAUGCAUCCAAUCGAUUGGGAUGCGGUUCGGUGUCUGGAAGCGGAGUUAACAAGGCAGUGGGAUGCGGAAGAAGUAUACUGGCAGCAAAAAUCUAGAGUCCACUGGUUGAAGAAGGGUGAUAAGAACACGUCAUACUUCCAUACAGUCACUAGAACGCGUCGAAAGCGGAAUUUUGUGGCAGGCCUAAGAGAUGAGAAUGGCGAGUGGGUUACUGAUGAAAAGGGUAAAGCGGAUAUUGCUACCAGUUUCUAUGACCAUUUGUUCACUUCGGAGAAUAAUGUUAUUAAUAUGGGGGAGCGUGUUGCUGCUUUGCCUAUCGCCCGUAGUGUUACUCAAGAGAUGAAUGCGGGCCUGACGGCUGCUGUCCUCCCGGAAGAGGUGCGUAAAACUGUUUUCGCAAUGGGUGCUAAGCAAGCCCCCGGGUCAGAUGGGUUCACGGGAAAGUUCUUUAAGGCCUUUUGGGGUAUUGUGGGGGACUCGGUGGUUGACGCAGUCUGCUCUUUCUUUACGACGGGUAGGAUGCUCCGUAGCUUCAACCACACAUGGCUCACGUUGAUCCCUAAAGUGGAUAAUGUUGAAUCCAUGAGGCAGUUACGCCCAAUAAGUUUAUGCCAAUUUGUGUAUAAAAUCAUAACUAAGAUCUUGGCUGAACGAUUGUCGGGUCUCUUAUCUAACAUUGUUUCUUCGAGCCAGAACGCUUUCAUUCGGGAUCGCCAAAUUGUUGAGAAUAUCCUCCUUGGGCAUGAGUUAAUGCAUUACUUGAAAACCAAAAAGCAAGGCAAGAAGGGGUACAUGGCUCUUAAGGUUGACAUGGAAAAGGCCUAUGAUAGAGUCGAAUGGCCGUUUCUUCUUGCAAUUUUGGACAAGAUGGGUUUUAACCCAGUGUGGCAGGGGUGGAUAUAGGAGUGUCUCCGGUCUUCAUCGUUCUCUGUGCUGAUGAAUGGUACUCCAUCUGGGUUCUUCAAACCAUCGCGAGGAUUGCGGCAAGGUGAUCCCUUAUCCCCUCUUCUUUUUUUGCUUUGCACUGAGGGGUUUGCGGCUCUCUUGGUAAAGCAAUUGAGGAUAAGAGAUUGGCAGGGGUAAAGGUGGCACCGCGUGCCCCCCGUAUCUCGCAUUUAUUCUUUGCCGAUGAUUCUAAUUUGUUCCUGCGGGGCACGCUGCAGGAGUGUGAGAAUUUGAUUGCAUUACUUAAUGAAUAUGAGGAAAUAAGUGGGCAGCGCGUUAAUUUGGCUAAAUCAGCGGUUUGUUUCAGUAAGAAUGUUGUUGUUCCAGACCAGGAGUUCUUAGCUGCGAUUUUGGGUGUCGGAGCUGUUGGGGUGCAGGAUAAAUAUCUGGGCCUUCCUACGUUGAUUGCUCGCUCUAAGAUGGAGACCUUUCGGUAUUUGGAGAGAAGCUGUUGGAAAGGCUCCAGGGGUGGAAACGAAGGACCUUGUCUUGGGCAGCGAAGGAGACUCUGAUUAAAUCUAUUGCCUUGGCUUUACCGUUGCAUGUGAUGUCCUGUUUCAAGAUGCCUCUCUCGUUGUGUCGCCUUCUGGAUAAACAUGUUGCUCGUUUUUGGUGGGGUGAUGAGGAGGGGCACUCGAGAAUCAGGUGGAUGGCCUGGCGAGAUAUGUGCAAGAGUAAGCAUGAGGGAGAUAUGGGCUUCCGUCGGUUUGAGCAGUUCAAUCAAGCCCUUUUAGCCAAAAUCGGCUGGCGAAUCUUAGUUGAGCCUCAAUCUCUUCUAGCUCAAGUCUAUAAGGGCAAGUACUUACCCUCUGGGCAUUUCCUUAAUGCUAAAGCUAGGUCGCGCCCAUCUUGGGGAUGGCAAAGCAUAUUGUAUGGUCUAGAUUUAUUGGAUAUGGGUCUCAGAUGGCAGAUUGGAAAUGGGCAUUCGACGUCCCUUCUUCGCUCCCCCUGGAUUCCUCAACUGCAGCUCGAUCCCCCGAGGUAUAACCCGGUGGUGUUACCAGAAGGGGGAGAUCCUACUGUAGUGGAGGUAAUCUGUCAAGGGGAAGGCCGGUGGUGUGAUCGCAAGCUCAACCAGUGGUUUGAUCCACCUACUUGUCGUAUUAUAAAAAUUAUUCCCCUUCCCAGGCAGAAUAUUGAAGAUAAACUAAUUUGGCACUU